UACCCGACUUCACAACAGAUCUCUGGAUAGCAGGACCUCUUUUCAGUCUCUCACGUACAGAAUGUUCAUCCACCUGAUGUAUGUGGCACUUCUGGGCCUGUGGUCUGUUCUCCCUAAGUCCACAUGUCGCGUCUAUUACCCCAAAACUCUGCCAUGUGAUGUUAUCGAGGACAGCAACGGGAGUGCGGUGAAGGUGGACUGCACUGAGAGAAGCCUCACAUACAUCCCCUAUGGCAUCCCAAGAGACACCACCAAUCUGACGCUCACCAUCAACCACAUUCCUACGUUAAACUCCACCUCCUUCCACGGUCUGGAGAACCUGACAGAGAUUGACAUGAGGUGCAACUGUGUGCCCAUCAAAAUCGGCCCCAAAGAUCGCGUGUGCAUCAAGAGCGUGACGAUUGAGGAAAAUACCUUCACCACGUUAAGGAACCUGCGAGCGCUGUAUCUGGAUGGCAAUCAGCUGGACAGUAUACCCAAAGGCCUGCCUUCCAAUCUGAUCCUCCUCAGUUUGGAAGUGAAUCACAUUUAUAAUAUUUCUAAAGCAAACCUGUCGGAGAUCAGGAAUGUUGAGGUGCUUUACCUUGGUCAGAACUGCUACUAUCGUAACCCCUGUAAUAACUCCUACGGCAUAGAGCACGGUGCAUUUGCACAGUUUUACAAUUUAAAAUUGUUGUCUCUUAAGUCGAACAACUUAUCUUUCAUUCCGCAUCAACUUCCCACAACUUUAAAGGAGCUUUAUCUCUACAACAACAACAUUACAGAAGUCACUGAUGAGGAUUUCAAAAAUUUAACUAACCUUGAGAUUCUAGACAUCAGCGGGAACUGUCCCCGAUGCUACAACGCCCCUUUCCCAUGCACCCCCUGCCCAAAUAAUGCGCCGCUUAAGAUCAGCAAAACGGCUUUUAAAAUGCUGACAAAACUAAAGACGUUACGCCUGCACAGUAACUCCCUUACAAGCGUGCCAUGGGAAUGGUUUGCCAACACAACAGAGCUCAGAGUGCUUGAUCUGUCCUCAAAUUUUUUAGCAAGAGAGAUAGGAGUCAGUGCCUUCCCAAAACACCUGGGCAAGCUAGAGGAGCUGGACCUUUCUUUUAACUACGAGCUUCAGAGGUAUCCUCAGGCACUGAGACUGAGCUACGCUUUCUUCUAUCUCACGUCUCUUAAAAUUCUCAGACUAAAGGGCUUUGUGUUUCAGCAGCUACAACCAGAAAGCAUUGCUCCUUUAAAAUCUCUGCCAAACCUGAAGGUUGUAGAUCUGGGUACAAACUUCAUUAAAAUGGCAAACCUCAGCAUUUUGAUGGAAUUAAACAGCUUUGAAAUAAUCAGUCUGUCUGACAACAAAAUUUCUUCUCCCUCUGAAGGCCCAGAGGCCUUUGGUUUCUCUGGAGGAGAGCCCUUUCACUGGUCUCCCAUGUCGGCCUCUGCUGAGUACCAAAGUCAGGAAGUGAGAGAGAUUCAUUACUUCAGAUACGAUGAAUAUGCACGCAGUUGCAAAUACAAAGAUAAGGAACUUGGAACUAUUACAUCCUUUGUCAACAGGGACUGCAGUCAGUUUGGCAAAACCCUGGAUGUGAGCAGAAACAAUAUCUUCUUCUUGCAUUCAAGGUUUUUGAAUCUCAAAGAGCUGAGAUGCCUCAAUUUGUCCGGAAAUGCAAUGAGUCAAAGUCUGAAUGGUUCUGAAUUUACCCAUCUGACUAAUUUACAAUAUCUGGACUUCUCGUCAAAUCGGCUGGACCUGCUCUACUCCACCGCAUUUAAAGAGCUGACAAACCUGGUCAUCUUAGAUAUCAGCAAUAACAACCAUUAUUUUGAAUCAGAAGGUUUGACUCACAUGCUUAAUUUUACUAAGAAUUUAAAAAAGCUCAAGACACUGCUGAUGAACCACAACAAGAUCUCUACCUCCUCAAACACAGAGCUGGAGAGCGACUCUCUGGAGAGGCUAGAGUUCAUAGAUAACCGGUUAGAUAUGCUGUGGAGAGACGGGGAUACCAGAUUUGUCAACUAUUUCAAAAAACUGUUUAAUCUGACUGUCCUCGACAUCUCGGAAAACAACCUCAAUUGCAUUUUACCGGAAGUGUUGAUCGGUCUGCCGGACAAGCUGUCUGAGCUCUACAUUAGAAACAACAAAAUAAAUACCUUUGCAUGGAAGGAGCUACGGUCCCUAAAGUAUUUAAAAGUCUUAGAUCUUAGUGAAAACAGCUUAACUACUGUUCCACCCAUGCUGUCAAACUGUACCACAUCUCUCACGACACUCAUUUUACAAAAAAACCAAAUCCUAAAACUCACGUCAGAUUUCCUCAAGGAUGCGUAUAGCUUAAAACAUCUGGACCUGAGCUCUAACCACAUACAGUAUAUUAAAUCAUCCAGCUUUCCUGAUGAUGUUCUGAAUCAAACGGACAUGUUACUUCUGCACAACAAUCCGUUCCUGUGUACUUGCAACGCCACUUGGUUUGUGAAAUGGCUCAACAGCACCACGGUAACCAUCCCUAGGCUGGGUACGGAUGUUAACUGCGCUGAUCCGGGGGCACAGAGGGGUCAUCCCGUGGUCUCGGUGGACCUGCUGGCCUGCCAACACAACUACCUGUCAGCCAUUCUCUACACCCUCAUGACUUCCCUCCUCCUCAGCUUCCUCACCCUGUCCAUCUCCAGCCACCUCUUCCUGUGGGACGUCUGGUACAUCUACCACUUCUGCAGGGCCAAGCUCAAAGGCUACGGCCGCCUGUACUCCCAGAGCGCCGCCUACGAUGCCUUCGUGAUCUAUGACAAGGAGGACGCCGCCGUGUCGGAGUGGGUGACGAAGGAAAUGUGCGUGCAUCUGGAGGAGUGCGGAGAACGUCAGCUGACACUGUGUCUGGAGGAACGAGACUGGAUCCCCGGAUGCCCCCUGAUUGACAACCUCUGCCAGAGCAUCCACAAGAGCAAGAGGACCGUGUUCAUUCUUACCAAAAAAUAUAUCAAAGGGGGGAACUUCAAGACGGCUUUUUACAUUGCCAACCAAAGGUUAAUGGAUGAAAAAAACGAUGUGAUUGUGUUAAUUCUCUUAGAGAAAGUGCCUUGCAAUUCAAAGUACCUGAGAUUACGGAAGAGGCUGUAUAAGCGCUCUGUGCUGGAGUGGCCAACGAACCCUCAGGCUCAGCCGUACUUCUGGUUCAGCCUGAGAAGCGUUCUAGCAACUGAAAGUCACAAGCAAUACAGCAAUCUCUUCAAAGAGACGCUGUAAAUAGAACAGUUACUGGGGUAUUUACUUCCUUCUCCCAUUGUUCGUUGCUCUGAAUGUACUUCUGUGCGUGAAUUACAAUAUGUGACUAAUGCAUUGUUAGAAUAUAAGCAGAACUAUUACCAGUGUUAUAUGAAUGAGCCUUUUCAUGCUGAUUAUGAUUAAUGAAAGCGUGUGCUGAUUUUAAAUUCCCUGUUAUUUCCAUUUAAAUAGAGAAUUGAUUGGUACUCUUAGCAGU